AUGCAUGCAAAUCGAUCCUUAGUUAAAUGGGACUUUGUCAGCAAGCUUACUCAAAACCCAGAAGGCAAAAACCAGCUCAACAAUUCACAGAGCGAGCAGAUCAAGUUCAGAAAGAAACAAAAGAAAAGGAAAAUGGGGAUAGUGGAAGAAGCUCACAAUGUAAGGGUGCUAGGAAGAGGCGAGAAAAUAGUAGUUCUGGGACAUGGGUUUGGCACAGAUCAGUCUGUGUGGAAGCAUCUUGUACCUCACCUCGUCGAUGAAUAUAGUGUCAUCCUCUACGAUAAUAUGGGCGCCGGCACAACAAACCCAGAUUACUUUGACUUUGAACGGUAUUCGACUCUAGAGGGUUUUGCGUACGAUUUGCUUGCUAUUUUAGAAGAGGUACAACUUGAUUCCUGCAUCUUUGUUGGUCAUUCAUUCUCUGCCAUGAUAGGCUCCAUUGCCUCCAUCAUACGUCCUGAUCUCUUCUCUAAGAUUCUCAUGCUCUCCCCGACCCCAAGGAUGAUGUCACAUAGGAUGUGCAAAGUGGCUACUCUCAAACAGUGGCUUCUCCCAAGAUUAUUUCGGAUGUUGAAUGAUGUGGAUUACUAUGGAGGAGUUGAGAGAGAAGAUCUCGAUCAAAUAUUCAAAGGGGUUGCUCAAAUUACAACGCAUGGUGUUCUUGGUUUGCCCCACUGGUUGUGGGGGGAGACAUGGACUCGAUGGCUGUCCAAGAGUUCUGCAGAUAUUCAAUAUGAGACUGGACAUAACCUUGAGCUUGGUCCACACCAUAUUUCUCGGUGACACGAGACAUAUACUAGGCCUCGUCACCGUGCCUUGCCACAUAAUACAAAGCAUCAGGGACUUGCCUGUGUCGAAAUACUGUUAGGAGACUCUCGAGCUCAGUGAUUUAUGGAGGUAAAGAGAUAAAGGUUGGGACUUUAGAGUUGUUGAGGAGAGAGGAACUUGAGAUGAAGAAGAAGAAUGGAGAAGAGGAGACUGAAGGGCUUCGUAUAAGUGAUGUAGUGCGAACGACAUAGCAAGGGCAUGAAUUGAAGUAAAUGAUGUCACAUUAAUAAAUAGAAGGAAUGGCAACGUUUUAGUCUUAAAUAUUAGGAGAGUCUGUUAUGGAAACAAUGUGUUUUAGUUCAGUCAAUAUUAUUGUUACAAAGGGUUUUUUAUGUAAUUUCAGUAGGGAUCAAUUAAGUAUCACGCCAGAAGGGUUUUUGGAUCAUUUUGGAGCAUUGUUUAUCUGUAAGGUAGUUAUUCUCUAUGGAGGAAUUGGGGACCUCGAAUACCCCAAGUCGUAUGGAUGUUUGAGGUAAUUUUCUUAC